UAGAGCUGUGAGGCAGAAGUGAUGGAUUCAGCCCACAAAAAAGUGACAGUCUUUUCCUAACGGGCCACAGGCAGUACACAACCUGCCCUGGACUCUCACCAUUUAUCAGGAAACUACCUCCAACAUCUAACUAGAGUUACAAUUAUUGUCUCUUGACAGUGUUUAAACUUUUUCUAAUUGGAUUUUUGGAACAAUCUCCUAAAUGUUUACUGAAGAGUUUCUGACAAGUUGAACCUCUGUUGGGCUAAUGACAGUCUUUUAAAUCAUAGGCUUUAAAACACGUCUACCUCUCCACUGCUGGAAUGGACUAAGGUGACAAAGAGUGAGUAACUAGACGGGCAGAGCGUUGAAGGGGGAGAGGAGGACGCAGGGGUGCAGCCGUCACACUUGGGAUGACUUUCUACCUGGAGAAACUUCAAUCAACUCUGCUGUAGGAGGGCAAGGCAACUGAGGGAGCCUCAUCAAUACUCUACAAUUAUCUCGCUUUGGUGAGUUGAAAAAAGUCAUGGAGCCCCGUUCAAUGGUCCUGCUGGGGCUCCUUCUAGUUUAUGGACUAGUCUGUGGUGUCCACCAGACUCAGGGGAGUCCGUCCGACAACAGCCGUGGCAGGGAAAGGGCCCAAGAAUUUCAGAGUAGUGAUGAUGGACUAGAGAAAGAGUUUCUCUAUACAAGAAGGAGCAAACGUGCUCCAGCUGACCAACCACAGGACAAGUGCUCUUACACUUUCAUUGUGCCCCAACAAAAAGUGACAGGAGCUAUAUGUGUCAACUCCAAGGAGCCAGAGGCCAUGCUGGAGAAUCGGGUCAACAAGCAGGAGCUAGAGCUGCUAAAUGUGGAGCUACAGAAACAGAAGAGGCAGAUUGAGACCCUUCAGCAAUUGGUAGAGGUGGAUGGAGGCAUCGUCAAUGAGGUCAAGCUUCUGAGGAAGGAGAGCCGAAACAUGAACUCCAGAGUCACCCAGUUGUACAUGCAGUUGCUCCAUGAGAUCAUCAGGAAGAGAGACAAUGCCCUAGAGUUGGCUCAGAUGGAGAACAAGAUCCUGAACCAAACCUCUGAGAUGCAACAGCUAACCAGUCGAUACAAAGACCUAGAGCACAAGUACCAGCACCUGGCCUCUCUGGCCACUAACCAAUCAGCUCUUAUUGUCCUGUUGGAAGAGCAGUGCCAGAGUCGUCCUCCCCCCCGUCAUGUCCCUGUCCCCCAGCCGCGGCCUCAGCCACCUCCACCAUCACCACCUCUCAACAAGCCUUACCAGCCACCAGUCCUUCCACGUGCUAACAACCCAAUCAGCAACGAGAUCCAGAGCGACCAGAAGUCUCUACCACCUGUCCUUCCAACGAUGCCUGCUGGCACACACAGCCCGUCCACCACUGAUAAGCCCUCUGGUCCAUUUAAGGAUUGUCUGCAGGCUCUGGAAGAUGGCCACACUAACAGUGGCAUGUACCUGGUGAAGCCAGAGAAUGCCAACCGACUUAUGCAGGUGUGGUGUGACCAGAGACACGACCCAGGUGGCUGGACCGUGAUCCAGAGGAGGGUGGACGGCUCUGUCAACUUUUUCAGGAACUGGGAGACAUACAAGCAAGGUUUUGGCAAUAUUGACGGCGAGUACUGGCUAGGUCUGGAGAACAUCUACUGGCUGACUAACCAGGCAAACUACAAACUGCUGGUCACGCUAGAAGACUGGUCCGGCAGGAAGGUGUUUGCUGAGUAUGCCAGCUUCAGAGUGGAGCCUGAAGCUGACUUCUACAAGCUACGGGUGGGUCGUUACCAUGGCAACGCUGGUGACUCCCUCACCUGGCAUAACGGCAAACAGUUCACAACACUGGACAGAGACCAUGAUGCCUAUACAGGUAAUUGUGCCCACUACCAGAAGGGAGGCUGGUGGUACAACUCUUGUGCCCAUUCUAACUUGAAUGGAGUUUGGUACAGAGGAGGACACUAUCGUAGCCGCUACCAAGAUGGAGUCUACUGGGCUGAGUUCAGAGGAGGAGCCUAUUCUUUAAAGAAAGUGGUCAUGAUGAUCCGUCCAAACCCAAACACCUUCCACUAGGCAUCAAAACAACAAAUGCCAUAUCUCUCACAAAACAAAAAACUUUACAGGUUCUAAAAUCCAUGUCAUCACCACCAUACCAAGCCAGGUGACUAAAAGGAAGACGAUGUUGAAAGUGCAAUAUCAAAACAUCAGGCCAAUAUUUUGGUACCUCCUGACAAAGAAUUUGUGCACUGUUAUCUAGCUGUCUGUACCAUUUUCCCUUUUACAUAUGACUCAGUAAAGAUGUGCUCAUUGCUCAGGAGUUGUGUACACUGUCUCUGGAUACUGAUAGUGCCUUAUUUUGAUCUGUGUGAGAUAGAAAAUGACAUUUUAAUUUGACAUGAAAAUGACAGAUUACAAUCAUUCAAUUAUGUAGCUUUGAGGUAGGAACCCUACAAUAUGUAUUUAGUAUAUACUGUAUGUAUAGUACUUUGCAGUUACAAGCAAAUGACGAUGACACAGGAAACGUAUCCAAAGUGACUGUCUUUUAAUUUCAUUCUAAAUACAUUUUUUUUCAAAAUGUGUAAUUUAUAGGAACAUUUGCAGGCUUUCUACAGGGCUGAUAUUCUGGUCAAUUAUAAUAAAAUAUACUAUACAAAAUAUUGACAUUUUCUUUUCUAACAUAAAACCCACAGUUUUGCAAAUACAAAUCGUAACUGUCAAUACCAAUACUUGACUUUAUGAACUGUUUGUUUAUGCAACAUUUAAGAUCUACCAAAAGUUUGAAGAGAUACUCUCUCUUCAAAGUCCUGUUUUUGUUGUUUUUUUUAAGUACUUGUUUUGAAAUCAUCCAUUGCUUGAACAGGUAUCAACCAAUUUGCUUGUAUGAAUCAAGCACUGUAUUUACUGUAUAAAUUUAGUGGUUUGUUGAUGUCAAUAGAGCCAACACAUUGCGUUUGUACAUAAGAUAUUUGUAAUAUAAUGUAUU